AUGCCGAUAACGUCGCCAGUCUGGAAGCAAUUGCUCUAUGGCGCGACAAUCGCUGUAGGGUUGUAUGCUGUGUUCAUUGGUCUUCAACUUAGUCCUACAGUCCAGCGGUUGGCACUAUACUCGCACAAGUUCAAUACACUCUUCUGGGAUGACAUUCAUGAUGGCGAGGCGUUCGGCUUCGCUAAGCAUCAAGUAACGCCGUUCAAUAUCGUCACACCGGAUGGCGUGACACUAUUCGGGUGGCACAUUCUGCCAGUCAAUCUAUACGCCCGGCAUGAGGCGCAGAUUCGCACAGAGGAACGUCCCGCUGGACAGCCCGUUGAAGACUUCACCAAGACCACGGCUUAUGAGCUGCUCACGGCCGAGAAUCUAGACACAAAAGUCGUCGUCAGCUUCCACGGGAACGCUGGCCAUAUUGCACAAGGUUGGCGAAAGGAUGCCAAUCGAUAUCUGAGUACUGCUUCUGAUACUCACGUCUUCACAAUCGACUAUCGAGGGUUUGGCCAUUCCACUGGAACUCCGACGGAAGCCGGCGUCAUUCUGGACGGCGUAACUCUGCUAGACUGGAUCAUGAACGUGGCUAAGGUUGAUCCUGAGCGCAUUGUUAUUAUGGGUCAAAGCCUCGGAACGGCCGUUACCAGUGCUGUAGCUCUUCACUACGCAGAUCCGAAGAACACAUUGAUCCCAUCGGAACCGGCCGAAGUAGCUCGGGUACUGGCUUCGAAUUCGGAUCGUAAACCUGUGACAUUCGCUGGCAUCAUUCUAGCGGCGUCUUUCGUGAGCGUUCCAGGUCUUAUGCGCACAUACAAAGUCGCUGGCUUGAUCUCACUAGUUGCACCAUUGAAGCCAUUCCCAUUCAUAUUGGACCAGCUCCUUGUCCAGCUGGCGGAUACAUGGCAGACAGGAGAACGAUUGGCCGCAUACUACGACGCAUUGAAAGGAAGCCCGAAGCUACACAGCGGAUCUCGGAGCAUGGGAUCUCUACAACUACUGCAUGCAAUCAACGAUGCUGAUAUCCCGUAUCAUCAGACCGAAAUCAUCUGCCGGCGCAUACUGGGAAGCGGGGACACAGCGAGUCAACUGAAGCUCGAAGGCAAAGACGGACAGACAUUGGACGGCAGCAAAGGACCGGCUGUAUUAGAUGUGAACCGCAAAGAUCGCCCACGAUUGAGGUUCGAAAUCGUGCGGAAUGGAGGUAUGCAGAAUUUGGUCAUCAUGAAGACAUGGCUAUUUGCUGACCUAAAGUAG